CACUAGGUCGACCGCUUCUUCGAAUAUUCGUGAAUUUAUUGUUAAUAUUUUCAAGUCCGGAGCUGCGCGAUACGGUUACAAAAUGGCUGGAACUGAAUUGGACGAUGGUGAUUUGAUCGACCUUGGUAUAAGAGGAGUCUGCAUAUCGCGCAGACGAAGCCAAGGCUCGCCCUUGUCGUUUGAAGAAGGUCUCGAAGAGGAGCACGAGCACCUGUUGGACGUGUGUCCCCCUAAGUUGGAGGAGAAGCUGUCCCUCUCAGAAGGAGGCAAAGUGGAUCAGUCCGCGGUGUCGAUCAGCGAGGAGGACCCGCAGGAUCAGGAUUUGGGAAGCGACGUGCUGGUCACCCUUGGACACGACAAGUUCGUUCCAGCGGCUAAGCGGAUCGACGUCGUAUCCUCGGACACGAUAAAGCGUGUCAAGGACAUAACGAAGAACCUCGAACUGCCGGCGGAGGACACCGUCGACGGUAGUCCGGAGGACCUGGAGGACCAGGACGCGUCCUUCGAGGCCAGGGAGAUAACGAACGCGUUCAACUUCCUGGCAGAGCUCGAAGACGAGGAUGACGAGGACGGGAUCCUGAACGAGUCCGUUUCGUCCGAGGGUCCGUUGAUGGACGAUGAAUUGUUACGGACGGUUAAUUGCCCGUUGGAUUCGACCUCAUUUGCGGGCGAAAACAGCUUCGGGCGGGACACGUUCGAGUCGUCGAAUUCGAUACAUGUCUCGGGAAAUUCCGGGCCCGAAAACGACGCCGAGGUUCUGAUAAGACGGACCUCGCGAGGAUCUGGAGACUUCGAAAACCUUGGAUUCGAGGCCUCGUCGCCUUCCAACGCUUCCGGAAAGCCUCGGCGAGCCUCAGUUGCCUUUGACCUGGGAUAUGUAGCUCCGAAAACUCGACGUCUCGUCAAGUCUCACUCUCUGCGCACGUCUCUUGGGCUUUCCACCAGAAAAUCGGGACCUGAUAGCCUAGAGAUGGUCCUCUGGAACGGGGCCAGGAACGUUAAGAGGACCGUUAACAAGCAGGACCGGAAGUCAUGGAGUGAAGGUGCCGCCGGUCGCGAAUUCAAUGAUGAUACUGGUACCAGGACCCAACGAUCUACUAGCCUUGGUCUCGAUCCCAUUGAUCUGCCGUCCACUUCACGUGGAUCCACGGCUUUCCAACAAUCCGAUUGCUCCCUCAGAAGCCGCAAAACGGAAGAAGGUGGAGACGACGCUGGUUCAGUGACGUCAUCGUCCUCGUCGUCGUCAUCCUCGUCAGCGUCAGAGGUGGAUUGGUCGUGGGUCGAAGAAGUCGAGACGUCGCGGUCAACGAAAGCGCGUCGCGUCAUGGAAGCGGAGAAGUAUGAUGACGAGGAGGCGUCGUUCGGCGGCGGGAUAGAGGGGGGAAUUACCGUCUUUGCCCCCCACUCCACUGCUGCCAACCCCCACUCCGCCGCCUCAGCGAGCCUCGAGCGCACGCGUCCGGCGGGGAACGUGUCCCGCGGCUCAGUCGGCAGUACAGUCAUGUCUGCCGUACCGGCGGCCAAGCCUCCGAGCGUCUCGGGCGCGGGUCCCGCGCCUCCGCCUCCACCUGCCGGCCCCGGGGGCCCGACCUCCUGGGUCCGCGCCUCGAUGCGCCGGCUGCGCCACCUGCGCCUUCCGGAGGCAGCGGAGCUCCGUCCGGGCCCAUCGGGCCCAAAUUCACUCCCGGACAUCGCCCUCGUCGCUCCCGACAUCCUCGCCGCACAGACCAACGCCGCCUCCGUCAGCCUCCGACCUGCUAGCGCCCCCACCCCCCGCCUCGUUGGGCCCAAUUCCGCCGCCCCCGGCAGGGGCGGACUUCCCGGCGGGAGGUCCCGGGGAAGAGCUGGCAACCCUGCCAGGCGAGACAGCCUCCAGUCUGGGGCUACUGCCAGCGAUACUUCCUGCUCGACCUCCUCCGCCGCCUCCACUGUUACCAGCCCCGCCUCCAGCCCUGCGGGGACUCCUCAGCACGCUGGGUCCGUCAGAAGAGUCUGUGAAAGGCAGAGAGGAGUGGACAGAGAUGACGAGAGAGGAGAGGACGACGACGAGAAUGAGAAUCCUCUGGGAAGGUGGCCACAUGCGCUGAGCCCAGCUCUGGCCUGUUUGGGAUGCACUCUUGGUCUCUUCAACAUCAGUCGGUUCGCCAUACUCAGCAUACAGUUUGGAGCCAACUUCAUCGUCCAGUUUUUGGUCCUAUCCCUCGUGCUUGGAAUCCCAUUAUUCACGCUCCAAGUAUGUUUGGGUCAGAGAUUAGCUGCGGGAGCCGUAGAUAUGUGGAAGAUCUCGCCACUGUUUCAGGGCGUCGGAAUAGCGCUGCUAACUGCUCAGGCUUUCAUCGGUAUAUACAGCAUUGUUGGUGUCUCAUGGAUGUUUGUUUACUUCAGGGAUUCAUUCAUCACAAAGCAAGACAGGUAUCGAUGGGCUGAGCCGUUUUCGUCGUAUCGAGAUGACACAAAACCAACGCAUAAUACAACUCCUUACAAGCUACACGAAACGGUUCCCGACUACUUCAGUGGCGCAGUACUUCAAAGGCAUCACUUGAACGUGCCUGAUAACGGAGUUGUGACGCUAAAGUUCCAGGUCGCGUUUAACCUGGCUGUAGUAUGGAUGAUAGUGUUCGUCUCGCUUAGUAAAGGUUUAAGAUCCUACGGCAAAGUUGUCUACGUUUUUACCUUAGUACCGGUAUUUGGCACUUUGGUACUCUGCGCCAAGCUAUUGGGACUGACGCCUACCGGUUCGAUUCAUCAACUCUUUCCAGAGACUGAUUGGAGCGAGUUUUUCAUCAACGGUAAAUCGUGGAUGGCUGCUUCUACCGAAGUCUUCCUCACUUGGGGAUUAUUCGGAGCCGCCGCGAUGCAGAUAGCCGCUCACAACAAACAUAAGCAUCUUCUUCAACGAGAUACGAGUCUGGUGGUCGUUUUGACCUUUGUUGUUCUUCUACUGUCGGCUUUUUUAGCAAACACUUGCGUUCAAAUCCUCAGGCAUCACAAAUACAUCUAUACAACGAGCUCUUUUGAAAGCAUAUCGGGUUACACGUUUAUGCAUCUGGCCAACCAACCGGCUCAUCGAGGCCAGGGUAGCAUCCCCGAAAGAUAUAUGAAUCACGCCUCAUUUCUCGCUGGUCAACGAGUCAUCAGACACGGAGCAAAUCUAAGCGCUGAAUCUGGUUAUCAAGUAUUAAGACUGGCCACGGAAUUGGUACCGGCUACUUUGGCUCUCCUGGGAUCUGAACAAGUUUCUCCAUUUUGGGCCGUUCUAUUUUACUUCAUAUUGAUCCUGUUCGGAAUAGCGCAGCAGCUUGCUAUAUGGCAUUGCGUUAUAACUGGGAUAAUGGCUAUCAAUGCAAAGACCAUGAAAUUGUGGGAGACAACAAUCACCUUCUUCAGCUGUGCUUGUGGAUACAUUUUAGGACUCCCAAUGGCCACAGAGUUCGGUAUCUACGUCGUUUACUAUCUGGACUACACGGUUGGUGGUGCCUGGUGGAUAAUGGUUUUGUAUCUGGUCGAGGUUGGCGCAGUCUUUGCAGUUAGGGGUCGGCCACACACAGGUGAAGCCGUAGUUGCUGAACUGUUUCCACCAACCGGAAGGUGUCUCAGACAUUGGGCCGGACCACUUCUGUCCUUCACUUGGAACGUUGUGCUACCUGUUGCACUCAUGGUUCUGAGUAUCAUGAUAUUCAAGAGUAGCGGUUUCCGAGACUUGUACACUUAUCGUAGAACCAGCAAAGACUACUGGGCUGUCUGGACAAGACAACUUGGCGCAGCCAUUCAGCUUAUACCAAUAUUGAUGAUACCGAUCGUUGCUAUUAUCCAAACAUGUCGAUACCUGAAUAACGGACCUCCCGACAUAUUUGAUGUAAGGGUUCGAAGCGAACAAGUGGAAGUUAAUGUAAGUCACUGCGCUCAAUGCAACGGAAGAAUUCAACUACUGUACAGGCCCUCCCUAGAACCAGAAGAUGCUGCCGAUGCCCAAACACAAGUGGGGAAUGAAACGACUACAAGUCUUCACGGUAAUGGAGUCUUACCGUCAACGACAGAUGUGCCUUUUGAAGAUCCUCCUCCCAAGUACACGCCUCCUCCAAGUUACACGACUGCCACUGGAGCCAGAAUAGCAAAAAUGUUACGUCAAAGUUUCAGACGAAGCGUCAGAAGAAUAGCAAACGUCUUGGGGGAAAGCAGCACUCCGAGGUCGAGACCGGCGCUGCAGCCUCCACCACCAGACUACGCAACUGUCUUGGUUGAAAUGAACCAAGGAAUACCGUCACGGGACAUAUCGAUAAUAGUUACAGAGGUUGAACCCGUUGUGACGGAUACAGGAAGUGGGCGGCCCAACACUUUGGAGAGGCACAGGCCGAACACGAUAGACAGAACGAUGAGGAUAAGCACGAUAGACAGAACGGCUAGCGAACGUAAUCAUUCGACGAUGGACAGAAGUCGGAGGGUGCAGUCGAGCAAUGGUAGUUCUAAUUUAACGGCUGCUGACGUCGCCAAUUUGUUGCGCAGCAGUAUCAGGAGGGGUGCUUCUAGAAAUAAUCAAUCUUUGCACAGAAGUUUUGCUAACAAUGCACCAACGGCCGCAGUAUCGAUUGAAAAUUUAGUCGAAGCAGCAGCACCGAUUGGUCAAGAUUCGUUGGUUCUUCCUAAAGAUGAGUCUCUAGUCCUCGAUCGAGAUGGAAAUGACGAUAAAAAGACUGUCAAUGAAACGGAAAAUACCGCUACUGUGAUAUAGACUGGCCGUUUUUUUUUUCCCCCUUAAAUAUAUGCAAUACAAUUAGCGAUUACGUUUCUUCUUUCUUUUUGUUUUUUUUUUCUUCAUGUUCGACACGAGUGAAAAUCGGCAUAUUGUAAAUUAAUCCCCAACUGCAUAUCGACAAGGCCUCAAUCAUAAUGUUUCGCGACUUACAUUCUUCAUGUACUCUAUGAAGACAAUCUUCAGCAGCAAUUUCAACAUCUAUAAUUAUAAAUCAAUUUCCCACUGUAUUCAGACUUGUACUUAUAUUAUAAUUAUGUGAAUAUUAUAUGUAUACGAUUAUGAUUGAGAGUCCAAAUGAUUCCGCGAGGUCACAGCAGUGAUAAUAAAUCACCUGUGAACAACACUUUCAGAUAUAAAGCAGUAUAUAUCUGUACGUCCUUGUUAUACUUGAAAUUAUUCACUUUGAGAGUAUAUAUUUAUCGAUUUUCGUGUGUUCAAAGGCAUUUAGUUUUGUAUUUCGACUACUACAAUGUCGCGUGUUUUUGCAACGUUUCCAAUAUAACAUUUUUAAAAAUGAGAUUAAGCGAGCUAUGCUUUAUUGCAAUAUGUAUAUUAUAUAUCCUAAACGCUUCUUCUAUUACUGAAGACCUGUUAUGUACAUAAAUUUAUUAUUUUUACGAUUUAAUUAAUAAUCCUUAUAGUUUAGUAUACGUAUUAUUACUAUUAUUAAUAUUUACCGUCGUAAGUGAUUCAUGGUUACUUUAGGUAACUAUUCGAUUCUACGAGUGCUUAGUCCGUCCAGUGUGUCAAUGUUAGUUUCAGCGGCAUGUGCUACAUAAAUCGUGCAAAGAAUUAGUAGUACAGUCCAAAAAAUUUUCGCGUUCGUGUCAUUUUGUCGUUACAUUUCUUCGUACCAUGUAAUGGUUUUUCCCCUCAUGAUUUGCAUGGCCGGAAUUUGCGAGGAGAAAACAAAAAUAAUAAAAAUAAAUAUAAAAUACGAA